UUACUCAGAUCUCUUGUUACAAAUGAAAAUUCUUUCUUCUUCUUUUCUUUCUUUUCAGACUUUUUCUUACUAGGGUUUGAAGUAGAGGAAGAAAGAGAGAGUACAGAGAGGUGAUUGGAGUUGGAUGGGACUGAUGUUGUUGCAGUAAAAUGUGGUGAAUUCGUUCUUACAUUGUGGUUUUGAGUGUCAUCAAUGGGUCUCUGCAAUUCCAAACCCUCCCCCAAACCUAAUCCUUUCUCUAGGAAAGAGGAAGAAGAGCGGGUGAAUGGAGACCCUCGCAAUACUCCUCCUCCUCCUUCUUCAACUGAUAAUGUUAAUGGAGGAAGUGAAAAUCAUCAUCAACAACCACCACCACCACCACCGCAGCAGCAGAAAGAGGAUCUGGAGGUUGUAAAGAAGUCUCCUUUCUUUCCUUUCUACAGUCCAAGUCCUGCUCAUUACUUGUUCUCGAAGAAAUCUCCAGCAAAUCCCAGCUCAAACUCGACACCGAGGAGGUUUUUCAAGCGUCCCUUCCCACCUCCGUCUCCUGCUAAGCAUAUCCGGGCGGUGUUGGCUCGGCGUCAUGGGUCGGUGAAGCCGAACGAGGCUACUAUACCUGAAGGGAGUGAGCAGGAGGCCGUCGCUGGGCUUGAUAAGAGCUUUGGAUUCUCGAAGCACUUUGUAAACAAGUAUGAGCUUGGGGAUGAGGUUGGGCGUGGGCAUUUUGGGUAUACUUGCGCCGCCAAGUUCAAGAAAGGGGAGCUCAAGGGCCAGCAGGUUGCCGUUAAAGUCAUCCCAAAAUCCAAGAUGACUACAGCCAUUGCCAUUGAGGAUGUGAGGCGGGAGGUGAAAAUCCUGAGAGCUUUGACGGGACAUGGCAAUCUAGUGCAGUUUUAUGAUGCAUACGAAGACCAUGACAAUGUUUAUAUAGUGAUGGAGUUAUGCGAAGGAGGAGAGCUCUUAGAUAGGAUUCUUUCAAGGGGUGGGAAGUACUCAGAAGAUGAUGCAAAGGCAGUUAUGGUGCAGAUAUUGAAUGUUGUUGCAUUUUGCCAUCUCCAGGGUGUGGUCCAUCGGGAUCUUAAACCAGAGAAUUUCCUCUUCACUUCUAAGGAUGAAAAUUCACAGUUGAAGGCCAUAGACUUCGGUUUAUCAGACUUUGUCAAACCAGACGAAAGGCUUAAUGACAUUGUAGGAAGUGCAUACUAUGUCGCACCUGAAGUUCUUCAUAGAUCUUAUGGCACAGAGGCUGAUGUAUGGAGCAUCGGUGUGAUAGCUUAUAUUCUUCUAUGUGGGAGUCGUCCCUUUUGGGCCAGGACUGAAUCUGGAAUCUUUCGAGCAGUUUUAAAAGCUGAUCCAAGUUUUGAUGAGCCACCUUGGCCUACUUUAUCUUCUGAAGCGAGGGACUUUGUCAAGCGUCUAUUGAACAAAGACCCACGCAAAAGAAUGACUGCUGCUCAAGCUCUAUGCCAUCCUUGGAUUAGAAAUUACAAUGAUGUAAAAGUACCUCUUGAUAUUCUAAUAUUCAAACUCAUGAAAGCAUACAUGCGUUCAUCAUCUCUGCGGAAAGCAGCUUUGAGGGCAUUAUCUAAAACAUUGACUGUGGACGAACUCUUUUAUCUGAAAGAGCAGUUUGUGCUAUUGGAGCCGAACAAAAAUGACACCAUAAACUUAGAAAAUAUUAAAGCGGCCUUGAUGAAAAAUGGAACGGAUGCAAUGAAGGAGUCUCGUGUCCAUGAUUUCCUUGCUCCGCUACUUGCACUUCAGUACAGAAGGAUGGAUUUUGAAGAAUUUUGUGCUGCGGCAUUAAGUGUACAUCAGCUUGAGGCACUUGAACGUUGGGAGCAACAUGCUCGUUGUGCAUAUGAACUCUUUGAAAAGGAUGGGAACAGAGCAAUCGUUAUUGAUGAACUUGCUUCGGAACUUGGACUUGGUCCUUCCGUCCCAGUCCAUGCCGUUCUCCAUGAUUGGAUUAGGCACACUGAUGGGAAAUUGAGCUUCCUUGGGUUUGUCAAAUUGUUGCAUGGGGUAUCAAGUCGAACUCUGGCAAAGGCUCAAUAAGUUUUAACCAGGAAAUAUAUAUACGCUGUAUGCAUGUGGAACUCCAGGAGGUAUGUCUGGCUGAUGAAGUUAAAGAGGCGGUGGUACUUUACCAGUGCGGCAUGAAACCUCCAACCUGCUUGAUGCAAAUAGCAGAUGUUGUCAGAAGCUUGGGUAUACCACAUGAAUUGUUUAGGGGGGUUCAUCGAGGUGUUGUGGCUGUCAUUACAGAGACGGAAGUCGGUAGUUGGUUUAAACUUUUAGUUAGGUGACUUGUGGCGGAGAGUAUUUGUAAAUGAUCUCUAUAGCAUAAGGUAUAACAGAUGUUCUAUCCGAUUAGAUCAUCCUGUCCUUGCCUUGGUUCCCAUUGUUCUCUGUCACUACUCUGUAAUCGACCAAUCUGUUUGGAACUGCUAAAUUUCCUGUCAGAGUGGAAAUGAGAAAUCUCCUUUUAUCUGA